AUGAUGUGUAGAGAAAAUUGUAUUUUAAGAGCGCACACAACACUUGCGGGUCCUUAUGUGACACUGGGGCUCCCUCUCUCACUCACAGUGGGGCCCCUCUCUCACUCACACUGGGGCCCCUCUCUCACUCACAGCGGCCCUGUCUCGCUCUCACUGGGGCCCCUCUCUCCCUCACACUGGGGCCCCUCUCUCCCUCACACUCGGACCCCCUCUCUCCCUCACACGGCAGUCUCCCCUCUCUCCCUCCACACUGGACCCCCUCUCUCCCUCACACAGGACCCCCUCUCUCCCUCACACUGGCCCCCCUCUCUCCCCCACACAGAACCCCCUCUCUCCCUCACACUGGACCCCCCUCUCCCUCACACUGGGGCCCCUCUCUCCCUCACACUGGACCCCCCUCUCCCUCACACUGGACCCCCUCUCCCUCACUGGGGCCCCUCUCUCCCUCACACUGGACCCCCUCUCUCCUCACACUGGGGCCCCCCUCUCCCUCACCUGACCCCCUCUCUCCCUCACACUGGGACCCCCUCUCCCCUCACACUGACCCCCUCUCUCCUCACACACUGGACCCCCUCUCUCCCUCACACUGGACCCCCUCUCUCCCUCACACUGGACCCCCUCUCUCUCCCUCACACUGGACCCCCUCUCUCCCUCACACUGGACCCCCUCUCUCCCUCACACUGGGACCCCCUCUCUCCCUCACACUGGACCCCCCUCUCUCCUCACACUGGACCCCCUCUCUCCCUCACACUCUCACACUGGACCCCCUCUCUCCCUCACACUGGACCCCCUCUCUCCCUCACACUGGACCCCCUCUCCCUCACACUCCCCCUCUCCCUCACACUGGACCCCCCUCUCCCUCACACUGACCCUCUCUCCCUCACACUGGACCCCCUCUCUCCCUCACACUGGACCCCCUCUCUCCCUCACACUGGACCCCCUCUCCCUCACACUGACCCCCUCUCUCCCUCACACUGGACCCCCCUCUCUCCCUCACACUGGAACCCCCCUCUCUCCUCACACUGGAACCCCCCUCUCUCCCUCACACUGGACCCCCUCUCUCCCUCACACUGGACCCCCCCUCACACUCCCCCCUCCCUCACACUGGACCCCCCUCUCUCCCUCACACUGGAACCCCCUCUCUCCCUCACACUGGACCCCCUCUCUCCCUCACACUGGACCCCCUCUCUCCCUCACACUGGACCCCCUCUCUCCCUCACACUGGACCCCCCUCUCUCCCUCACACUGGACCCCCUCUCUCCCUCACACUCGGACCCCCCUCUCCCUCACACUGGACCCCCUCUCUCCCUCACACUGGACCCCCCUCUCUCCCUCACACUGGACCCCCUCUCCCUCACACUGGAACCCCCUCUCCCUCACACUGGACCCCCCUCUCCCCUCACACUGGACCCCCCUCUCUCCCUCACACUGGACCCCCCUCUCUCCCUCACACUGGAACCCCCUCUCUCCCUCACACUGGACCCCCUCUCUCCCUCACACUGGACCCCCCCUCUCCCUCACACUGGACCCCCCUCUCUCCCUCACACUGGACCCCCCUCUCAACUCCCUCACACUGGACCCCCCUCUCUCCCUCACACUGGACCCCCUCUCUCCCUCACACUGGAACCCCCCUCUCUCCCUCACACUGGACCCCCUCUCUCCCUCACACUGGACCCCCUCUCUCCCUCACACUGGACCCCCCUCUCUCCCUCACACUGGACCCCCUCUCUCCCUCACACUGGAACCCCCCUCUCUCCCUCACACUGGACCCCCCUCUCUCCCUCACACUGGACCCCCCUCUCUCCCUCACACUGGACCCCCUCUCUCCCUCACACUGGACCCCCCUCUCUCCCUCACACUCGGACCCCCUCUCUCCCUCACACUCGAACCCCCCUCUCUCCCUCACACUGGAACCCCCCUCUCUCCCUCACACUGGACCCCCCCUCUCCCUCACACUGGACCCCCUCUCUCCCUCACACCGGACCCCCCUCUCCCUCACACUGGACCCCCCUCUCUUCCUCACACUGGACCCCCCCUCUCCCUCACACUGGACCCCCCUCUCCCUCACAGCGGCCCUGUCUCGCCCUCACAGCGGCCCUGUCUCGCCCUCUCCCUGGGAGCGGCUCUGCACGGCUCUGCACGGCUCUGCACGGCUCUGCACAGGGACAGCGCAGACAUGGCAGCUCUCACAUCUCUCACUCAGGUACCGCUCUUCUCCUCCUCUCUCAGGCUCCAGGCCGUAGACCCCCAGCUCUGGCUCUGCUCGCCCCUUCCUACACCCUCAAACCCAGGACCAGGACCGGGACUGAGCAGCUCCUGCCCCGGGCCUGCACGCACCGUUAUCUCCGCUAG